CAAAAUAAUUUUUUUGUCAAUUAUUCUUUUACAGCAUGCAGCCUUCUGAUCCGAUUGCUAGGCGGAUUACCUUGAUCUUCAAGGAAAAGUUAGUAGCAGAUGGCUUUUGUUGGAAGAAUGUACCAGAAGAGGUUAAAGAAUUCUAUUGGCAAGAAUUUAAGAAACACUUCUUAUGGGAGGAGGCAAUAGAACAGCUUAUGAAGAUAGCUUGGAGGAAGAAAGCUGUCGAGCGGUAUCGUAGCCUUAUGUGUAGCGUAAGGAAUGGGAAGGAGAAGAGACUAUCACUGACAGAAGGAGUAAUAGAUGCAUGGCAAUCCGCUUGGGGAGCAACUGAGUAUAAAGAGAAAUGCAAAAAAUUCUCAAAUAACAGAAAGAGUGAAACAGGUGGGCAAGGCGCUGGCCCAUCAAGACAUUGUGGAGGAUCCAUAUCUCAGUAUAGGCAUCAACAACAGAUGCGCGAAAGACUAGGCAGAGAUCCUCUACCUCAUGAGUUAUUUGAGGCUACGCAUAAGAAGAAGGGUUCCUCAGAGUUUGUUGAUGCACGCUCAAAGGCCAUUCAUGACCGCUUUCUGACUUUGAAAGAGCAAGCAUCACAGAUAGAUAAUGACAGUAGUCAGGCAUCCCGCAUUGAUGAGGCUCAGUUAUACUUUGAGGCAGUAGGUGGAGAGAAAAAAAGAAGGGUGUACGGUCUUGGAUCACAGGCUUCAGUUUUCUUCCCAAACAAGACUUCUGCUAAUACAUCCUUCACAUCAGCUCAGCAAAAUCAGGAUCUUCAAGAUGAAAUGGCUGAUCUCAGAUGCAAGCUACAGGAGCGUGAGGAUAAUGAACAAGCAUUGAUUGAGCAAAAUGUGCGGAUUACCUCUGAGCUCUCACAGGUGAAGGAUUUACUUAUGCAGCUUGUGAGUGAAAGACAAGGGAACCAGCCUUCAGCUCCCGGUGAGGGAACUUCUGCACAGCCUGCACAGCCUGCACAGCCUCCUGAUCAAGCAGAUGAAACUAAUGAUGAGGACGAGGACGAGGACGAGAACACUACUGUAACAGCCCGGACGUGA